AUGGAGAACAACACUGAAGCAACAGAAUUCAUCCUCUUGGGAUUAACAGAUGACCCUAAACUUCAGGUUCCCCUCUUUCUGAUAUUUUUGCUCAUUUACCUCGUCACUCUUGUUGGGAAUGGAGGAAUGAUGGUGAUCAUCUACUUGGACUCUCAUCUCCACACUCCAAUGUACUUCUUUCUCAGUAACCUCUCCUUUGUGGAUCUGGGUUACUCAACUGCUGUGGCGCCCAAGAUGGUGGCGGCAUUACAGUCGGGGAACAAAGUAAUUUCCUACAAUGGAUGUGCUGCUCAGUUCUUUUUCUUCGUGGGCUUUGCCACUGUUGAGUGUUACCUUCUGGCUUCCAUGGCCUAUGACCGCCAUGCAGCAGUGUGCAGACCUCUUCACUAUACCACCACCAUGACAGUAGGUGUGUGUGCCUUCCUGACCGCUGGGUCCUACGUCUGUGGCUUCGUCAAUGCCACCAUCCAUGCAGCAGACACCUUCAGACUCUCCUUCUGUGGUUCGAAUGAGAUCCAUCAUUUUUUCUGUGACAUCCCACCACUCCUGGCCCUCUCAUGCUCCAACACACACACCAGCAAGCUGGUGGUCUUCUUUGUUGUGGGCUUCAAUGUUUUUUUCACCCUCAUAGUCAUCCUAAUCUCUUACUUCUUCAUAUACAUUGCCGUUCAAAGGAUGCGCUCAGCUGAAGGCCGGAAGAAAGCCUUCUCCACUUGUGCCUCCCACCUCACUGCCAUCUCCAUCUUCUACGGCACUAUCAUCUUCAUGUACCUGCAGCCCAGCUCUGGCCAGUCCAUGGACACAGACAAAAUAGCAUCUGUGUUUUACACCGUGGUGAUCCUCAUGCUGAAUCCCUUGAUUUACAGUCUUAGGAACAAAGAAGUGAAAAGUGCUCUCUGGAAAAUACUCAACCAACUUUACCCCCAGUCUUUAAGCGUGCGUGGGAAGUAG